CAUAGCACACUCUCUCACUGUCACAGUGCCAUACCUCUUGCAAAAAAAACUCUCUCUCUCUCUCUCUCUCUCUCUCUCUCUCUCUCUCUCUCUCUCUCUCUCUCUCUCUCUCUCUCUCUCUCUCUCUCUCUCUCUCUCUCUCUCUCUCUCUCUCUCUCUCUCUCUCUCUCUCUCUCUCUCUCUCUCUCUCUCUCUCUCUCUCUCUCCAUUCCAUUUUUGCACGACCCAUCAAACAAAAACCAAACUAUUCUCUUUUCUAUAACCAAAGUUAGUUAGUUUAUUCAAGUGGGUCAUUUCAAAAAAUGGAAGCUUUACAGGAAGCUAGAUAUGGACUUGCUUUACAGCUUGAGUUUAUUUGGAGGCAAAUCAGAGAGCCAUUGAUCGUGCCAAUACUGAGAGUUUCAGUGUUUCUGUGUCUCGGCAUGUCAUUGAUGAUGUUGGUUGAGAGAGUUUACAUGGGAAUUGUGAUUUGUUUGGUGAAGCUGUUUGGUAGAAAACCAGAAAAGCGUUAUAAAUGGGAGUCUUUUAAAGAUGAUGUUGAGUUGGGAAACUCUAUUUAUCCAAUGGUUCUUGUUCAAGUUCCAAUGUAUAAUGAAAGAGAGGUUUAUCAGUUAUCAAUUGGUGCUGCAUGUGGACUCUCUUGGCCUUCUGAUAGAAUCAUCAUACAAAUUCUUGAUGAUUCAACUGACCCAACAAUCAAGGAGUUAGUACAGUUGGAAUGCCGUAGAUGGGGAAGCAAAGGAGUGAACAUAAAGUAUGAAGUUAGAGACAACAGAAAUGGUUACAAAGCUGGUGCUCUCAAAGAAGGAAUGAAACAUAGCUAUGUCAAACAAUGUGAUUAUGUUGCAAUCUUUGAUGCUGAUUUUCAACCACAACCUGAUUUUCUUUGGCGAACUAUUCCUUUCCUUGUUAAUAAUUCUGAUAUUGCUCUUGUUCAAGCUCGCUGGAAAUUUGUGAAUGCUGAUGAAUGUUUGAUGACAAGGAUGCAAGAGAUGUCACUUGAUUAUCAUUUUACUGUGGAACAAGAAGUGGGAUCUUGCACUUAUGCAUUCUUUGGCUUCAAUGGGACUGCGGGUGUAUGGAGAAUUUCGGCUUUGAAUGAAGCUGGCGGGUGGAAAGAUAGGACCACAGUGGAAGAUAUGGACCUAGCUGUACGCGCAAGUCUCAAAGGAUGGAAAUUCUUAUACCUCGCUAAUUUACAGGUUAAAAACGAAUUGCCGAGUACUUUAAAGGCCUAUAGAUACCAGCAGCAUCGAUGGUCCUGUGGACCAGCCAAUCUUUUCAGGAAAAUGGUUAUGGAGAUUGUCACAAACAAGAAAGUGUCUUUGUGGAAGAAGAUAUAUGUUGUUUACAGUUUUUUCUUCGUUCGGAAGAUUGUGGCGCACAUAAACACAUUUGUGUUCUAUUGUAUUGUGUUACCUGCAACUGUUAUGGUGCCCGAAGUUGUUGUCCCUAAAUGGGGAGCUGUUUAUAUCCCUUCCGUCAUCACUCUUCUAAAUGCUGUUGGAACUCCAAGGUCACUCCAUUUACUUGUCUUUUGGAUUCUCUUUGAGAAUACUAUGUCUCUACAUCGAACAAAAGCAACAAUUAUCGGUCUGCUAGAGGCUAGUAGAGUCAAUGAAUGGAUUGUUACUGAAAAACUUGGAGAUGCUCAGAAGGGUAAAGCUGGUGGUAAAGGACUCAAAAAAUUCCGAUUUAGGAUUGGAGACAGGAUUCACAUGUUAGAACUUCUUGUUGGAUUCUACCUCAUAUUCUGCGGCUGCUAUGAUCUCAUGUAUGGGAAAAAUCACUUCUUCAUAUUCCUAUACAUCCAAGCAAUUGCUUUCUUCAUUAUGGCAUUUGGAUAUGUUGGCACUUUUGUUCCCAACUCAUAGAAGAACUCGGCAUUUGCAAUACUUCGUUCUCCGAUUUAGACUUCAGUUUAUAUCUACAUGAUGUAUAGUGUAAUAUAAUAUUCAUUAUGCACAGCUUGUUACAUUAGAAAAGUUAAAGUUUGUUGAUGUAAAAAAAUACAUGAAGGGUUAUUCUUUAAGGUUCUGCAGUGAUACAUAAAGGAGUAUAGAGAGAUGAACUCAAGAGACCAACAAGUAUAAGUCUGCAUUUGAUUGGAAGAUUAUCUUUAAGCUUUCUUAGUUUCGUUGAUUUUUUUUAGUUUUCAUUCUUUUGCUUCUUUACAUUGUAUUUGUUUGAAGAAAUAAACAACUUCAAU